AGAUGCCGUGCUGGGACGUCGAGAAGACCGGCUCGUGCCCCCGGGUCGCGGCGGGCCAGAGCUGCAAGUGGUGCGCCGGCGCGCCCGACGACGGCUGGGUGCCAAAGGGCAAAGGCAAGAGCUUCGGGAAGCCGGUGAUGAUGAAGGGCUACGGGGGCGUGUGGCAGCCCGAUUUCCAGAAGGGCGGCGGCAAGUGGGGCGGCGGCUGGGGCGGCAAGGGCUGGGGUGGCGGAGGAGGCUCGAGGGGUGCCAACAAGAACGUGAAGGCAGAGAAUGCAGCGAGCACGGUCUGGCUGGGGGGCAUCCCCGCAGGCGUCACCAAGGAGGAGAUUGCGACCAACUUCGAGGCUGCAGGGUCCGUGAAGAUGGUGGAGCUCAUCAAGCAGGGCAAGGAAGGCUUCAUCAUCUUCUCCUCGCCAGAAGAGGCCACGUCCGCGAUUGCGAUGUUCAAUGGCGCCGCCAUCAACGGAUCAGCCAUCCAGGUUGACGUGUGGACCAUGAAGGAGAAGACUGCUUGA